AUGGCUCCUAUUGACCGUGAAUUCAUCACGCGGGAACUACCGCAACUCAUCGGCCGCGGGGUGAGCCAUAUGAGCGUCAUAUCAAAACGAGAAGUAGACCACCGGGCGAUAGAAACAUUUCUAGUUGCCUUCACCUGCAUUUUCGGUGUCGGAGGUUGGAUUUUCUGGAUGAUUAGGCAAAAGUAG